ACACUGAGAUUGGGACAUAAUGUAGGCUACAAGCAGUGUUUUCACAAUUGUCCCAUAUGUUAUAGACGCUAAUACAUAUCUUACAUAGAAACAUAAAUAUCUGGCUAUCCAACUCCUACGUCCACUUGUCUUAUUAUUUGUGUGUUGCAGAGAAUGAUACAUAUACAGUAUGUAGCCUGGGUAGUCAGCGGUACGUAAUUUGGCCGGAAUUCUGAAAGGAAAACGUCUCCAUGCUUUCGCAUUUGAUCCUCCAGCACACUGGGUGGCAGUAGCCCAUUGCGUAGAUAGAGCUUCAACAUUCAAUGUUUUGGACUGAAACUGUACGUGCAUUUGUUGUUGACAGACAGAAUGCUAAGCAUUGUCAACCAUGAUCCGCAUCUUUAAUGUCUUCGGUCAACGUUACCAGCUUGUUGUGUUUCUGGCAUCAAUACUUGUGCCUUAAAAGUACAGAAGAUUUUUUACAAAUCGUAAGUUUGCAGGAAAUGUUGACAUUUACUGUCAAUGAUUUCAGAACCUGUAACCUAAGCUAAGCAAGUGACGUUAGCUGACUUGCUAUGCUGUCCCCGGGCUAACAGCUGGUCGUUAGCCCGAUAACUGCUUCUGUUAUGGAAUCGGGUGAGACCAAAACGUUAUCUCACUUCUUUUGUUACCAUGCAUGUUCAUACAUCGCUUAUUUAAACAUGUCUGUCAGAUUAUGCUAUCCUCAGUGUCUUUGAUACAUUAUAAUUUGCAAAGAUGGUCUUAUGUUGAGAUGUAGCCCAUGCCAUGUAAUAUUAGGCUGCAUAUAACAUGAACCCAGCUAGCGACAGCGUUGGUUGUUUGACAGUAUGGCCAGUUGUUGUAAUUUAUAUAUAUAUGAAUACCAACAGAUUAAACGAAACGCGGUUGUUUGUAUGUUUCUUAAUAAGGGGCAGGUAUAUUUUCUGGAUUUACUCGUACUACUUUUGGUUGGUCAUUAUUCAGAGCAGUGUUCCAGUGUCAGGGCGUGUGCAGCAACCAGCCAGCACACGAGUUAGCUUAGUGUUGGAUGAGUUCGUGUUGUCCGAGGCAGGGGCGCAAGCACAGGACAUGUGUUUUAAACUAAUUUCUACAUGUACGCCUGAAAAUCAAACCGCGAUUCUCAUUGUCUUCAUCUGAGUGCCUCCUGUCACACCUGCUGUUGUCGCGUGAGAGGCACCAGUUGUCAUUCAAAGCGGAUCUCUCUGUAGCCACCAUGGCAACACCAAAUCCCACUGCUCCGCUGAAGGAGUUCUCUCCGCUCUACUACCUACUCAAUGCCAUCCCUGCCAAAAUCCAGAAAGGUUUCCGCUCAGUGCUUGUCUAUCUGACGGCCCUGGACAGCAACGGUGAUUACAUCGCAGUGGGCAGCAGUAUUGGCAUGCUGUAUCUGUACUGCAGGCGAAUCAGUCAGAUGAACAAAUACAAUCUAGAGGGAAAGUCCGAGGCCAUUACAGCAGUGAAGUUGCUGAGCUGUUUUGAUGAUCUGGUGGCAGUUGGUACCGCAUCAGGCCGUGUCACCUUCUUCCAGCUGGUCUCCCAGCUGCCCGGCAGGAACAAACAGCUGAGGCGCUUUGAUGUAGUCGGGCUUCACAAGGGCACAGUCACGGCGCUGGCCUGGAGUGCUAACGGCAUGAAGCUCUUCUCUGGGGACGACAAGGGCAAGGUGGUGUUCUCUGCGGUCGACCUGGAUCAGGGUGUGUGUAACCCAGUGAUGUUGUUAGAGGAGCCCUCCGCCAUUGUGCAGCUGGAUUACAGUCAGCGAGUGCUGUUAGUCUCCACCUACCACCGAUCUCUGCUCUUCUACACCCAGGACCAGACUAUGCAACCGCUGGGCACCAAACCCCGCAAGAGUAAUGGAAAGUUUGGGGCCUGCUUCCAGCCAGGGCUGUGCAAGCAGAGCGACCUGCUGGUGUACGCAUCACGGCCCGGCCUGCGUCUGUGGCGCACCGACGUGAGGGGCCGCGUGGAGGACACGCACGUGCUCAGGCCCCUCUUCAACUCGGAGGUGCCCCAGUUCCAGCUCUUCCCACGGUUGGGGCCCACGGGAGGCUACCGGCCGCCCGACCGACAGCUAGGCCUGGUCAGCUGCUUCCUGAAGGAGGGCUGGCUGCUCAGCUGGAACGAGUACAGUGUCUACAUCCUGGACUGCACCAAUCAGGUGAUCAUUGGCGGGCUGGAGAGCUGUGGGGACAUUGUGUCUGUCUCAUGCACAGAAAAUGAGAUCUUCAUCCUGAAAGGUGAUCGGGACAUCUUCCGCAUCUCCAACUGCCCCGAGGGACUGUCCUCCAACUUGUCGGAGCUCUCUUUGCGUGUCACCUCCCCUCUCUCCACACCCACCAUCUUGCUCCCGCCAAACGGCGCUGUGGAGGUGGCUCAGCCAAUCAGGACGAUGGCCAUCAUCGCCGAACCCGAGGAGAGGCCCGGAGAGGGCCAGGAGGUGGAGCAGGUGGAGGAGGUGCAGGAGGACGGCACACCGACGGGCACGGACUCGUCCCGAGGCGCCGGCCUGAUGGAGCGGCUGGAGCCGGGCGAGCUGCUGGCGCUGAAGGGCAGCUGGAGCACCAGCAUGUGCAUCAGUGAGUCGCGGAGCCGCAGCAGCUCGGUGACCUCCUGGGACAGUACGCCGGGCACGUGUGAGUACUCGCCUUCUGACCUCUCCAGCAGCCGCUACAGCACGCUGACGCCCGAGGAGCUGCAGCAGGAGCUGGUGGUGAAGGCCAUCAGGGUGAAGAAGAGGGGCAAGAGAAGGCGGCAUGAAAGCGGUAGUCUUGGGAAUCGUGUACUGGAGCGCAGCAGCUGGUCGGAGAGCAUGUACGCGGGUGAGGGGUGCGGCCUGGAGAGCAGCGAGGCGAUCAGCACCCCCUUGAGCGAGCCCCCAUCGGACCCCACCAGCCUCCUGUACAGCAGCCUGGAGCUCCAGAGCAACACGUCGCCCGACCAGGAGGGCACCCCGACCACCGCGGACUCCAAUCUCACCUCAGACCCAUUUGCCCAAUGCUCACCAGCGGGCACAGACUCGUCGGCCGUCCCCUCUGGCGACAUGGAGUGCCAAGCGGGCAGCAAACAUUCGGACUCGGCAGCCGCGGCCGAGGAGGACCAGGAUGGAAGGAGCGACUCGGCAGAGGGAUCUGAAGGCAAACCCGACUCGUCUGGGGGCCCCCCCGAUGAUGCGGUAGAGGUCGUGACCCCAGAUGUUGACCUCCUGCUCGAGUGCACCUUCUCCUACAUGCAGGCGUCCGAGGAGCCCGAGCCCAUGGAGGACACGAGCUCCGUAUUCACCGAUCCUGCCGACGCCGACGACGCCAAAUCCUCAGACCCCGCCGACCCCCGGCACGCAGAGGCCUUCGCUCUGGAGCUCCCCAUCCGGCCGCUCGGAUACACUCCAUCACCCGAGCCUUCUCCGUCGCCCUCAAGUGACGAGGAGGACAUCUACGGCCAUGGGCUACCCAGCUCGACGUCCAACGAGCGACUGAGGGAUGGGCUGGACGCACUGAGCUUGCAGGGGAUCAAGCAGCACGCACAAGAAGAGUCCAGGUUACACAAAGCAGAUCAGCUGGCGGAGAGCUGGAUGGGAUACUCGGGCCCCGGCUGUGGCAUCCUGAGCCUGGUGGUGACGGAGCGACACGUGUGGUGUCUGGACUUCAAGGGCAGCCUGUACUGCACCCCCCUGCCCAACGGCGUGCUCACCUGGCAGAAGUUUGAGGAGAACGUCCAGCAGGUGGCGCUGUCUCCCUCAGGUUCUCUGCUGUGGAAGGUGGAGCAGAAGACCAUGACGGCGUAUGCCUGCGGUAAGGUCACCAUCAAGGGGAAGAGGCACUGGUACAAGGCCCUAACGGAGACGGCCUGCGUGGCUCUUAGCGAGGACACAGCCUGGAUCAUUCGCACCAAUGGAGACCUGUACCUGCAGACAGGGUUGAGUGUGGAUCGGCCGUGUGCGCGCUCGGUGAAGGUGGAGUGUCCGUGCCCGCUGGCACAGGUGUGUGCCAGGGCCGGGGUGGUGUGGGCGCUGAGCGAACAGCGGGGGCUCUUCUACAGGGAGGGGCUCAACUCCUACUGCCCCGAGGGAGAAGUCUGGAAAAAUGACAAAAUCAGUGAGAACCAGCCCCUCGAGCCUAUGUGCAUAGCGCUGGGUGAGAAUAAUACUCUGUGGGCUCUGGACACCAACGGAAGCCUGUGGUUCAGGACGGGGAUCUCCACCAAACUGCCCCAGGGAGAGGACCAGCACUGGUGGCAGGUAAGCAUCACCGACUACGUGGUGUUCGACCAGGGCAGUCUCUUCCAGACGCUUAUCCACGCCACGCAGAGCGUUGCCACGGCGACGCGGGCGCCCGUGAACCGGGUGGCGGAGUGCCUGCGCGUGGCGUUCCUCUCCCAGCACUCGCAGUGCCAGCCCAGCCUAGUCAGCACCAACGGCAGCGGCGUGUGGAUCGCGUCCGGACGCAACGACUUCCACGUGGCCAAAGGCAGCCUCAUAGGUACUUACUGGAGGAGCGUGGUCCCAAGAGGAACAGCGUCUGCCACUAAGUGGGCUUUUGUCUUUUCCUCAGCUGUACCCUCUAAAGAAGGGAGUUUCCUGUGGCUGGGUCAGAGCAGGAAGGAUCUGUUCUGUAUUUGGGAUGGGGACCUGCAGCUGCGCACCUCCACCGUGCAGCUCCCUCCGGAGACUGAGAUGGUGCAUCUCUCCGCCUGCAAGGAUGCGUUAUGGGGCCUGGACCAACAUGGCCGCGUCCACAUUCGUUCCCUGACUCUGGGCUGCCCCACCGGCAUGCACUGGACCCUGCUGGACCUCAGCCAGCUUGGGCAUGCCAGGCUGGUGAGCAUGUCGUGCGGGAGCCAGAAUGUGUGGGGGAGUGACUCCUGCGGGAUGGUGUACUUCAGGGUGGGGACGCAGCCUCUCAAUCCCAGCAUGAUGCUCCCUGCCUGGAUCUGCAUUGACUCACCUACUCUGCCGGUUGGAGUGCAGCUGGUUAGGGUGCACACCAGCCCGAAUGACCACAUGCUGUGGGGGCUGGACAGCCGCGCCAAUGUGCACGUGAGGGUGGGCAUCACUGACGAGAUGCCAGUGGGCACGGACUGGGAACACAUUCCAGGCCUACAGGCCAGUCAGCUUGCGGUGGGCAUGAGGACGGUGUGGGUACGGUGCCCUAAUGGUGAGGUGGCGAGGCGGUACGGCAUCACCGACAAAAAUCCCGCAGGCGACUACUGGAAGAAGAUCCCUGGCCUGGUCAGCUGGUUAACAGUGACUCCUCUGGAUGAGCUGUGGGCCGUGACCCCGGCCGGCGGCCUGACCCAGCGCCUCACCAAAGCCCUACAGCCCCACAGCCCCAAACCACACCCCUCCACCGGGUCCCUUAGCAACGACGACAUGGAGGACGAGUGGGAAGUCAUCUAACCCCCCCCCCUCAUGCAGGGAGAACUCUUUAGGUUACUGGUCUAGGCAGGACCAGUUGAGAGAAACUUUUUGGUUUUUGUUUACAUCUUUCUUUUUCUUCCUCCUCCUAUCAGCAUUUUUAAUUGCAUUGCUCUCUCGAAGAGCAAUGAGGUUUUUUUAGGUUUUGUUGAAGUUAUUUAGGAUCUUUCCGGUACCUUGUUAUGUUUUGUAUCCUCCCCCUCCAAUCACAACCCCUGUGUUGUGUGUCCAAUCAAACCAUGCAUCUCUAGGAACGGUUGCAUUUGAUUGGCUAGUAGGCACUUUACUUGUUCUCUUUCUAACCUGUGUAAAUAACCGUCUGGUAACAAAGGGAUGGGCCAUGCUUUGUGGGCAUGACUGGCUCAAAUAUGUUCAUGGAUGUUGGCUUACGCUGUACAGACUUAUGACCACUGAACUGAAAUUGUGGUCCUUCAGAAUUGGUCUUAAUCUACCCAUUUUAAUUGUGGAAUAAUUUAUUACAUCUUCUCCAGAAGAACAUUUUUAUUUUUAUUUUUUAUUUCUUUUAGAGGCAAUAUUUUAAAAGGAUCUAUGAGGUACCAAGUAUGAGAAGUCACCAUCACAAAGUGAGAGACACUGGAUGGCUAAUCAUGUAUUCUGUUUAACCUGGGUGUUACAGCUCUACUGGACAUGGUGUUCUGAUUCUAACAAAAGUCCAAAUACCCAUAUUGUUCAGAAAACUAGGCAUAUGGUUAAAUUUGCUGUGGUUAUGUGCCCCUCUAAGAGGUUUCUCAGCUAAUCAUUGGAACAGAAACAACCUGUGGCACUAUUGUCAUGUUUAUGCAACCUCCUGGGAGUCACCGUGUGAUAAAGUAGCUUUCUGGAAUCUAUAGGGAAUUAGUGUGUAAAUAUUAAACCAUACUAAUGGGUCAAGAGUAACUUCACUAGUUAAAAGAUAGUGGGUGUGUGUGUAGUGCAUACUAAUCGUGAUAAGUACUGUACAUGAAGACCCUAGAGUGGCAUUUCCCUUUUACUUUAUUUUAUUUACCUCAGAACAAACCAGGGUAGACAUCUGUUAAGCAUUUUAAUAUGUGGCAAUUCAAGGUGGUCGCUGUUUAACAUUUAACACUUAACUCUUUACAUGUGAAAGGGAAAUAACGAAACAGACGUGUCUGUUUGUGAAAGAUGAUUGUUGUUUUAUGCUGGACAAUUGUCUUUUGUUUUUAAUGAUAUGCACUGGCCUUGCAGCUACGAAUGAAGUUGUGUAUGUGAAUUUAUAGAGUUUGUUAGUGGGGGAGGGGAUUUCUCUUCAUCUACUGUAUGGUCAGCUUUGACUUUCAAUAAGGAUGUGGGGGCUUGAACAGCUUUUACUCGAAGGCUAGCUGCUACUGCCCAUGGACUGCAUGACGGCCAUUGUGAAACUGUGAACCUGGGGAUGGCUUACCGGUCCAAGCUUGGCUUCUUGCUCUUCCUUCCCAUGCUGUUAAGCCUGAGAGAAGUCUCUCCCUUAAUGGAUCUCCUGAAGCUCGGCCAUAAGGGUGUCGGUCACAAGGGCCUCAUUCACACAGAAUACCAGAAGCUUACAGGUUGCAAUAGUGUCAGGUUGCAACCAUGUUGCUCACCAAGUUGCUACUAUAGCACUUGUGUCUUGGUAACAUAAUCUUUGCAACAGCACUUUUAUAACAGCUUUGUCUAACCUUCUAGAUAUACUGGUUGAGAAAUGUUUGAGGGACUGUGGCUUACAUGUAUUCAAUUGUCUCACUUGAAAUAUCUCUGAUUUCUUAUUUGUUUCCUAUCUGAAAAGGAAACACUGACACUAAUACUAUGUGUUAACGUCAUCAUCACUUUAUCAUGCAGACAGAUGCUGAUUUGCCAGUCUUUGCAAGCGCGUCCUGUGUAUCUCACAGCACAGAUAGCCGGAGACGAGAUGCCUGACAGGUCAGCACUGUCUACGGGUCACACUUUAAUUUCCCGUCAUUGUUUCAUCAUGAUUCUCUCAGAGGUCCAACCUGACCUUUGACCUAAAUUGGCUGUUCAACAUGGAUGCCUAAAAAGAUAAUUACUGAUUAUGUCAAGAUGACCAUGACGGUCAAUUACAGGUUUAAGUUCUGGUUGUACUUUUGGUGCUAAAAUGUGAUCUAGCUUUGGGCGUCUCUGAUGUUACUGUAUCUGGACUUGAUCACCACUGACAACGAAUGGCACUGUAUCUGUUGCAUAAGAGGCUUUUGCUGUGCUGUCUGGUUGAGUCUACUUGGACAAGAUAACCCAAUGGGCAAGCUUCAGGAGACCCCCGCCUCCCCCCAUCAUAUUUGUCAGACCUCUGUCUCUUCUGCUCCAGGGAAUAACACAAUAGCAUUAACAACCCCUCAGUGUGCUCUAUAGUAUGCCUGGCAUCAUGUCAGCAAUGCAGCUAACAGAACGACUUACAAACCCAAAUGACUCCCGCCUUGUCUUUGACCCAUGCUUCACAAACUUCACAAAUAAAGAUGUUUACAAUU